GUCUGUGGGCUGUGAGGGAGCUGCUGAGUGGGAAUGUCCUCAAACAGGACAAAAGUCUUUGUAUCCAAUGUCUUGAAACGGUUAUACCCUGAGGAGGCCGAUUGUGAGGAUUCCACUUCCAGGCUGCUCCGUGCAAAUCUGCCUUGUGAGGAAAAGGCCGAGACAACGUCCAGUCAGGAAGACACUGAACAAAUUCAGGUUGUGUUCCCACCAGACGAAGGAAAGGAAGCGGCUCCUAAGAUUUACACUGUACUUCCACCUCCACAAGGCUACGUGCCAAGCUCUCGGCAUGAGUGCGAAUGUUCAGCGCCCUCAGACCAUAGCGGAGACGAUGAAGAUACGGGAGAGGGACACGCGGCACGUAAACGGCGCAGAAGGAAGAAAAACAGAAAAGUUACGAAUUCAUUAAAUCCUGAAACUGAGAUGAAUUCCACCCAGGCCGAGACACCUGCCUCUGACCAGAGCACUAUCAGUAAAAGCAAGAAAAGAAAGCUGCAGAGAAAGCGCCAGAAAGAACGCAAGAAGGCCGAUACAACCGACAGUCGUGAUACAGAUCCCCCGAAUAUCAGCGAUUCAAAAGGAGAUGAUACAGUAAAAUCCCCCGGUGGGACAGCUUCAGAAGAAGACCAAAGAGAGAAGGCCAAGGAGCUUCUGGAAUUCCUCCAGGCGACUCAAGAAAUAUAUAUCACUGAUAGAAGCACAAAUUCCUCUGCGUCCAUUCAUGUCAUCCUGGAAACUUUAGACAUCAUGGAGACUGGCGACUUUCCUUCUUCAGAUGUAACGCUCUUACAUCAUAUCAAGACUCUCUUGCUUCUGCAGGACACCGACGGGUCAGAAGAAGCUUUGGCCAACUUCAAAGAGAAUUCCUCUCUGCCGGCUGAUCAGAGAUCCGCCAUCUGUUCUCUCUUCCAUUACUGGAUUGCCCAUAUUCUGCCCUUGCAAAGCAAAGAAUAGACAUGAAAUAGACAAGUGUUUGUUAACGAAUAAAAUGUCAAUAAAAAGAGGAGCAUUCAUAA